AUGACUAUUAAGCCUCAUAGCAGCGACACGGGAACGGAAGUCUGCCCCCAGGAGGUAGUCGCAGAAUCGAACGACGAGCGACGUCGCAGAUGGGCCCAUCUCCUCCGUUACCAUCACUACGAACCAGUCAUCUUCGAUGUCCUCAGCGACGAGCUCCCCAAGUAUACAGGAAGUCGUGCCAUAGAUCCUACAGAUGUUGUCACGCACAUGCGCGAAUGCGCUCUCAUCCUAGCAUCAGCUCCCCGCAUUUUCUUCGCAGCCGUUGAAGGCAACCUCGUGAGUAGCGUCAUCAAAGAUGCUGACCUCCAAGCGGAGUGCGCGGUUGUACAGCAACGCGCACAACACCAGCCUUCAAUCUACAUUCACCUUCUUGCCGACGAAAAGGGCCAUGCUCCAUCACCAGAGCAGUAUUUGAUGAUUCGAGACAUGAUACAGGACUAUAUCAGCGAACGUCCCUUUGACCAGGCCCAUCAAGUAGACAAUGUCACUUCUCCCUUCGUACCACUGAGUACCUCCACACAAGGCUACCGUAAGUACCUUUCCACUCCAGCCGCUAACCGAUCACCCAAGCGUAUCAUCACCCUCAGCCGUCUAAUCACAGGCAUCACGACUCGUUGCUCCCAGAUCUCAGUCCAACUCCACAACACUCCGCUUCCCUACCCACCCUCCGAGGUCGGCUACGCGCUCAAUGCACACAAACGACUUGCUCAGCACCGCGCACAUCAGAGUUCGAACUAUGUCAUGAAUCUCGUUGAAGAUGUAUGUACCUAUCUCUACCGUUCUAAGGUUCUAGCCCAGCACUUCAAGAUGCAUCAACACAUCAUUUACCUCAUCUUUCGACCCCGACAGGCUGCCAUCGCGGAGAUCUUCUGCUCGGGAUUGCUGCAGUGUUGGGUAGAGGGGGGUGGGUUUAAUGCGUUUCCGGCUGGGAGAAGCGUUGCUAGCUCGUGGAAGGUAGCAUCAGAAGAGUGGGAGGAUCACAUGAAGAUAGCUAGGGAGGUCGGUCUGUUUGAGGGCAAAAUGCGGGUGCUGAAGGAAAGGGCAGUGGCUUGGAACAAAGCGCUGGACUGGAAAGGAGAUGGUGAGGAGAUGAAUGCUAUGGACAGUGUACAGGACGAACACGAGAUGGAAGGGGCCGCGAAGGCUUGA